AUGGCGGCCCUGAGGGGAACCAACGGCGGCCCUGAGGGGAAGGGCUCCCCCCGCCGGGGGGGCCGAGGCGGCUGCCCGGGAAAGCAGCACCUUCUGUACCAGCAUAUCCUGCACAGAAACCUCAUUUAUUUAGCUACGAUUGCUGACGCAACGCCACCCAGCACGCAGAAGACCGUAGACUGA